UACAUGUGAUAAGUCAUGGAAGGUCUCGUCCAUUUGUGAACUGCACCUGGUUUAACUGAAGGCAGAGCUGUUUCUCUUGUUUUAUGUUGGUUAAAAAUGACGUCUUUUCUCCGACUGGGCCGCUCGGUGUCCCGCCUUCACGUGCGUCCGUGUCACCAGAGUGUUUACAGCAGAAACACAAACCUGCGGCGCGUGGAGGUGGACCUCGGAGAGAAGAAACUUGAAAUCUCUUCGGGGAAGUUUGCCAGAUUUGCUGAUGGAGCUGCUGUUGUUCAGUUGGGAGACACCUCAGUGAUGGUGACGGCUGUAAGCAAGACUAAACCUUCUCCAUCUCAGUUCAUGCCACUUGUGGUGGACUAUAGGCAGAAAGCAGCUGCUGCAGGUCGAAUCCCCACCAACUAUAUCAGGCGAGAGCUGGGCACCACCGACAAUGAGAUCCUCACCAGCAGACUCAUCGAUCGGUCGAUUAGACCCCUUUUCCCUGCCGGUUACUUUUAUGACACGCAGGUCCUUUGUAACUUGCUUGCAGUGGACGGUGUCAAUGAUCCAGAUGUGCUUGCUAUUAACGCAGCCUCUGCUGCUCUGGCUCUGUCUGACAUCCCCUGGGAUGGCCCCAUAGGUGCCGUGCGAGUUGGCAUGGUUAAUGGAGAGCUGCUGGUCAACCCAACGAGGGCAGAGAUGGCCUCCAGCACUUUAAACCUGAUCGUGUCUGGAGCUCCCAGCAGUCAAGUGGUGAUGAUCGAGGCGUCUGCCGAGAACGUGCUGCAGCAGGACUUCUGCCACGCCGUGAAGAUGGGAGUCAAACACUCCCAGCAGAUCAUAAAGGGCAUCCAGCGGCUGGCGCGGGAGCAGAAUGUAACCAAACGCACGCCGGCCAAGACGUUCUUAGCCCCGACUGAAAUGCUGGAGCACACCCGGAAAACUUUAUCAGAAAAAAUUUAUGCUGUUUUCACAGAUAUCACACACGAUAAGAUUUCGAGAGAUGAAGCGAUCAACAAAAUUCGACUAGAAGCAGAAGAAAACUUAAAAGAAAAUUUCCCUCAAGCCGAGCCCUUUGAAAUCAUUGAAUCGUUCAACGUUGUGACCAAAGAGAUUUUCCGUAAUUUAGUGCUUAACGAGUACAGGAGGUGUGAUGGGAGAGCACUGACGGCUCUGAGGAACAUUUCCUGCGACGUUGACCUCUUUAAGCCGCUCCACGGCUCAGCUCUGUUUCAGAGAGGACAAACGCAGGUGCUGUGCAGUGUCACCUUUGACUCUAUGGAGUCCAGUGUCAAAACAGAUAUUAUCACCACAGCUCUCAGUGGCAUUAAGGACAAAAACUUUAUGCUUCAUUAUGAGUUUCCUCCAUAUGCAACCAAUGAGACUGGCAGGAUGGGAGGCCUCAACAGGAGAGAGCUCGGACACGGCGCUCUGGCUGAGAAGGCUCUGAGGCCGGUCGUUCCUAAAGAGUUUCCCUUCACCAUCAGAGUCACAGCGGAGGUGCUGGAGUCAAACGGAUCCUCCUCAAUGGCUUCUGCUUGUGGAGGCAGUCUUGCUCUUAUGGAUGCAGGGAAUAGAGGAUUAUCUUGGAGACAUGGACUUCAAAUUGGCAGGAACAAACAAGGGGAUCACUGCUUUACAGGCUGAUGUGAAGAUACCAGGUUUACCUCUCAAAGUGGUGAUGGAGGCGAUCCAGCAGGCCACAGUGGCAAAGAAGGAAAUCUUGGGCAUUAUGAACAAAUGUAUAUCGAAACCCAGAGAGCACAGAAAAGAGAACGGGCCUAUCGUCGAAAAUAUCAGAGUUCCUGUUUCUAGAAGAGCUCGAUUUGUUGGUCCGGGAGGAUACAACCUACGAAGGAUUCAAGCUCAAACAGGUGUUACAAUAAGUCAGGUGGACGAGGAGACGUUUUCUGUGUUUGCUCCAACUCCUGGAGCGAUGAAUGAAGCUCAGGAGUUCAUCAGAGAAAUCUGCAAAGAUGAUCAAGAUCAGCAGCUGGAGUUCGGUGCCAUCUACACAGCCACCAUUACAGAAAUACACGACAUUGGUGUGAUGGUGAAACUUUAUACCAACAUGAGUCCUGUUCUGUUGCACAACUCCCAGCUGGACCACAAACGGAUCAAGCAUCCAAGUGCUUUGGGUUUAGAGGUGGGACAGCAGAUCCAGGUCAAGUACUUUGGACGGGAUCCGACAGAUGGAAGAAUGCGACUUUCACGGAAGGUGCUUCAGUCUCCUUCUGCGACCUUCGUUAAAACGCUCAGUGAGAAACAGAGCAUCUCUAUGGGAUCAAACAACAGUGAAAUGCCCGAUGCCAAUUUGUGACACGCUGUAACGGCAGGCGCUUCUGGCAGAGGAGAUUAAAAUAUUUUACACCAGAGCCUGGUGAAGAAAUCUGAUGGAAGGAAGAGCGUCGGAUUUCAGAUACGAAGCUGCUGACUGACAACAGAACAGCACGGUGGUGACAAAAUGAGAUGAAGAUUAAAGAACAUGUUUGUUUUUUUAGUAUACCUUUUUAUUUGUUGUCUAACAACAUGAAACAGUUGAGAUUGAUCUGUUCUCAUCACAUCACAAAAGAGCUUCUGUUCUCACCAGUGUGAUAAUACUGGCUCUUUGUGUUUGAAUACUUUAUUGUUAAAAUCUUAUUUUGUAAUGUUCUCUUGAAAUCUGCCAGGAUUAAAAUAGAGACAAAACCAUGUGGGGGGGAAAAGUACAGAAGGAUAAUGGUAGUGUUUUUAUAGUCGGUUUUCUUUCUAUAGUCAGUGAUCUUUAAAUAGUAGAAUUAUAAAACUUUUUAUAUAUAAAACUUGCUGUCAUUUCCAAAAAUAAACAAGACUGUAACACAUGAAUACAAAA